GCACUGAUCACACACUCUAUACUGUUUGAGAAAAAUGGCCUGUUUUCUCAGGAUGUUUGCUACUGCUUUUGUCAUGCUGAUGCUUGUCUUUUCCACUGGAAUGGUGGCGGAGGCAAGGAAAUGCGAAUCACAGAGCCACCGUUUCAAGGGAAUUUGUCUGAGAAAAGCCAAUUGCGCCGCCGUGUGCCAGACUGAGGGCUUCCACAGCGGCCAUUGCCGCGGCUUUCGCGGCCGCUGUUUUUGCACUAAACACUGUUAGCUAAUAAUUCUUGAAUGAUUUCGGUGAUUUUGAUGUUGCUGUUGUGUGUGUUUUGGAAUAAGGAAAGACUUUCUACGUUUGUUAGGUAGAGAGUCUGAUGUAAUUUCUGCAAUUUAUGAAGCACGUCUUGGAAUUGUUUUUUUUUUUUCAGUGGAAUUAAUUAACAGGGAGUUCAAGGACUUGUUUGCAAAU